AUGUUAGGAAGCCUAGAUUGCCUCCACUGGGCAUGGGGUUCUUGUCCGAAUGUCCAUAAAGGGCAAUACACCCGAGGCGAUCAUGGUUAUCCAACCGUUAUACUUGAAGCGGUGGCCUCACGGGAUAUGUGGAUAUUACAUGCAUUCUUUGGCUCAACUGGCUCCCUUAAUGACAUCAAUGUUAUUAACAUGUCUCCGUUACUUGACGACAUAUACAACGGGACUGCACCCGACUCCUCUUUUCAAGUAGUUGGAACAUCGUAUAGGAACGGGUAUUAUCUGGUGGAUGGGAUCUAUCCGGAGCGUGAUUGUUUUGUGAAGUCAUUGUUCUUGUCCAAAUGA